AUGGUUGGUAGGUACAGAUCUGGCGCUGGGUUCAGAGGCGGGCUUGGUGGAUUGGGAUAUCAACGUGGUGGUGGGUUCCCAGGAGCUAUCGGAGGUGGUGGAUUCCCAGGAGCUAUCGGAGGUGGUGGAUUCCCAGGAGCUAUAGGAGGUGGUGGAUUCCCAGGAGCUAUAGGAGGUGGUGGAUUCCCAGGAGCUAUAGGAGGUGGUGGAUUCCCAGGAGCUAUCGGAGGUGGUGAACUAGGAUAUCAACAGACAAUUAAUUUAUUAGUGCCAUGGACCCCGCAAUUUGCAGCAAGUUAUAAUAGUUUCGUUAAUGGUGGAGCAGGAUUAGGAGGCUACGGUGGUGGAGCAGGAUUAGGAGGCUACGGUGGUGGAGCAGGAUUAGGAGGCUACGGUGGUGGAGCAGGAUUAGCAGGCUACGGUGGUGGUGUUGGAAUGCGUGGCUUCCCAGGAGCUAUCGCAGGUGGCGGCUUCCCAGGAGCAUUCGGAGGUGGUGGAUUCCCAGGAGCUAUUGGAGGUGGUGGAUUCCCAGGAGCUAUCGGAGGUGGUGGAUUCCCUGGAGCUAUCGGAGGUGGUGAACUAGGAUAUCAACGGACAAUUAAUUUAUUAGUACCAUGGACCCCGCAAUUUGCUGCAAGUUAUAAUAGUUUCGUUAAUGGUGGAGCAGGAUUAGGAGGCUACGGUGGUGGAUGCCCAGGAGCUAUUGGAGGUGGUGGAUUCCCAGGAGCUAUUGGAGGUGGUGGAUUCCCAGGGGCUAUUGGAGGCAGUGGAUUCCCUGGAGCUCUCGGAGGUGGUGGAUUCCCUGGAGCUAUGGGAGGGGCUAGCCUCCCUGGACAAUUACUAGGCUUUGGUGUAACAACCACAUGA